CUCUGCCCCACUCACUUACUCUCCUCCUUGUUCCCCUUUCCUCCCUCCUUCCACUUUCUCCUUCUGUUGGAGACUUCCUCCUCCAAACUCCGCAUAGUGCUUACCUGCUCUUCCUCUUCCACUCGCCCUCCCUUCGUCUGCUGAAGGCUGCGCCCGAAAGUUUGUCCUCCCGUCGUCAUCGUUCGAUCCGCCUCCUCCCUGCGUGGAAGGUUGAUUAUCAACGGCACUAUGAACAGUUACAUUCGCGUGUCCCUGGCUGUUCUCCUGGUGGCACUUGCCCCAGUUCACUCCCUUUUCCACCCCGGAGUGAACACCAUCACCCCCGAUGCUCCGAAGCUGAGGAGCCUGGGUGCCCAACAGGGGAUUCUGCGUUCCGUUGCUGGGUCGCAGAAUUUGAAGUCUCAGGAUUCCUUGAGGUUGAAAGGAGGAGUUACCUCGAUCCUCAAGUCUUUGAAGGAUGCUCUCUUCCCGGUCGAGACCUGGGAAAUGCCCAAGUUCUUCUCGAUGUCUGCUAUGAUGUUCAUGAUCAUCUACAUCUACACCACUGUGCGUGACACCAAGGACACCCUGGUCGUGUCUACAUGCGGAGCUGAGAGCAUCACGUUCCUCAAGGUUUAUGGUGUUCUCCCAGCCGCCACCAUGUUCAUGCUCUACUACUCUCGCAUCUCGAACAUCUUCUCGAAGAAGGCUCUUUUCUACGUGACGGCACUUCCUUUUAUGGCGUUCUAUGCUGUCUUCGCGUACUUCAUCUACCCCAAUAGGGAAAUCUUGCACCCCCCAAUCCCUCAGGAUCUCGACGAGCGUUGGAAGUAUGCCGUCUCUCUCCUUUCCAACUGGAGCUACUCCCUCUUCUACGUCGUCUCAGAAUUGUGGGGAUCUGUUGGAGUUUCUGUGCUCUUCUGGCAGCUUGCCAACGACAUCAUUCCCGUCUGGCAGGCUAACAGGUUCUACCCUCUCUUUGGACAGCUUGCCAACAUCGCACCAAUCUGUGCUGGACAGACUGUUGCAUACUUUGCUCACCUUUCCGACAAAGGAGACGAUGCCUUUGGCGUUGCUCUUCAGCAAACUACCGUUCUUAUUCUUGCGGCGGGAGCUUGCUUGAUGCUCUUGUACCAUUACAUUGGCGUGCUGGAUGAGCGUGAUGAGAAGUUGGGCCGCAAGGGAGAGAACACUGUCAAGGCCAAGAAGUCCAAGCCAAAAAUGGGGAUGGUUGACAGCUUUAAGUUCCUUCUUCAACAGAAGUAUCUCGGAUAUCUGUGCAUCCUCGUUGUCAGCUACGGUCUCUCGAUCAACCUCACCGAAGUUAUCUGGAAGAAGAUGGUGAAGCAAGCUCAUCCCAACAAGAAGGACUAUCAGAUCUUCAUGGGCCAUUACUCAUCGAUGGUUGGCGCUGCUACUUUCAUUAUCAUCUUCUUCGGUUCCAACAUCGUGAAGCACUUGGGGUGGAGGAUUGGGGCCUUGACCACUCCAGUAUUGAUGGGUGGCUUGGCAGCACCAUUCUUUGCCUACGUCAUCACUCAGGAUGUCAGAACAAAUGAGAAGGCUUUGUGGACAGCGGUGUAUGUCGGCAUGGUCCAGAACAUUCUCUCCAAGGCAAUCAAGUACGCCUUGUUCGACCCGACCAAGGAGAUGGCAUACAUUCCCCUUGACCAGGAGUCUAAGGUGAAAGGAAAAGCCGCUAUCGACGUUCUUGCUGCACGUAUUGGCAAGUCUGGAGGAGCUUUAGUUCAACAGGCUAUUGUCAUCAUCUUCGGUAACAUCAUCAAUGGUGCCAGCUCUGUUGCAGCUGUAUUCUUCGCUACCAUUGCUGUUUGGAUCUAUGGUGUUAUGGGACUUGCUACGAUGUUUGAGGAGAAGCUCAAGGAGGGCAAGAAGAAUGAGUCCAAGGAUGGCAAGGACAACAAGAAGAAGUGAAUGGGGAGACAGUGGGGAUGGCCCUCUCCUCCGCUUAAAUGAAUUUUUAGAGACCAACUCAGCGAACAAAAAGAAUUCAACUCUUG